GAUGGUGAAGCGCUGCAGUUCCUGCUGUCUCCUGCUGAUGGAAAUAACAGCGUUGCUGGUGUUGCCUGCUUCUUCUAUGCUCUCCUGUGUGUCCAGCAGCAUCACCUUGGCAGAUCUGACUGCUGCAAUUCCCCACUGAGGCAAGGGUGUUUCCUACACCUUUUGCAACCUGUGCCACCGGCAGCUGGUUAGGGAAAGAGCAUAUGGGCCCCCCAAAGCUCUGGUGCUCCUUUGCCUCCUUCUCACUUUCAGGUGUUAGACAUGAGGUUUACUUGGUCCCCAGCUACAAGGCUUUUCCAAUUGCUUCAGUGGUCCCAAAACUGCCCUGGGAAAGACAUCUUGCCCCAGAGAGGCCAUCAGGCAGUGGGCAAGCUGAGGCAGCAGAGACCAGCAGCAUGGUGAGAGGAUCUGCAUCUGACUGAGGCCGAGGCCAGGGGCAGAGCAGGUGACAGAAACCUUUAACUCUCUUCCAUAUGGCAGGAAUCUCUGGAUUUGUUCCUCCAAGCUGUGCUGUAGUGUUUCAGCACUCAAAAAGGCACAAGUGGAACCUGGGCGUCUCUUAGGAUUGCUUUGUUUGCAUCAGUUUUGUUCCAGAUCAGAAAUUGUUUGUCCUGCCAGCUGCCUAUGUGCUGAAUGAGUAGCUGCAGCCAGGGACAGAUUCUAGCUGAAAUGGAGUGUACUGUGCCUGAGUGCUGGAGCACUGGGUCAUAUUAGCAGAGACCUGCUCUGAAGUCCUUAUGUGUCACUAGGCUGUCAGGGAGCAAACUACAAGGUAAUAAUGUCUGACCUGAGCCAGAGCAACUGCAGAAGAAUACAGGUGUUACUCCAGGAUCGUAGGGCUUUAUAAGGAUGCAAAGGACAGGGAAGAAAUGUGUCUUGUAGGUUCAAUAGGACUGCAACCAAACCCUUUUAGAACAGCUGGUAGUGUAACUGUGUGCUGAUUUUGUUUAAUUUUCCAUCCCCACAGGCCCUGAGCUCAGCCUGCUGAUAAACUAUGAUAUGGAGAUUCCUUUCUGUGGCACCAGGCCCUCGCAGUGCUGCAAACCCUUUUCAACAGGCAGUAUUUUGGCAUGGGGGAAGGCAGGGAGAUUGCUCUCAGGCCCCUUGUGCAACCUGGAAGAGAUGAAAGUUCAGCCAGAUGGGCUCAAGUAUAGGGAGGUUUGAGACCCUAAACUGAAUCACUGCUGGUUCGAGCCCAAUGCAUGUGCACCCUUUGUUCCCCCUACCUGCCACACCUCCAUUACACAUCCUGUACCACCCUCCCUCACAUUUCUCUCCUGCUGGUCCCCAGCCCUGGUGUCCCCCUCUCCCCUGGCCUUUGCAGGCCUCCCUGCUGAUGCCUCCACUCCACUCAGGGCAGACAACCCCAGCAGUUUAACCCCGCUCCAGCUUUCAAGUCCUCGCUGGCAGAGCAGCCCUACAGAUGUCUCUCUGCUCAGCUGCAGGCCAGAGCAGCAAGAGCAGCCUCCCUCCUGUGAUGCUCACAAUUGUUUUUGCAUGCACUUGUGGGCUCGCCCUUCUGCUCCUCUUCUCACCAGACGCACUGACCUCCCUCUCACUUCCAUAUCUCUCGGGUGCCUCAGCAGCCAACUCCCUGCACUCUGCCUGCAUCAAGGUCAAGCUCAGCAGCAGGCUGUGGAGCUGUCUGGGGAACAGACUGUGUAGUGCUGGAAUCCCAGGAAGGCAGGAGGGUCAGAUGAUGGCACACUGGUAAUGAAUAAUGGCAUACUCGUUUGACUUGGAGGCAUCAUGUUAAUAUUGAAUUGAGGCACAUCCUCCUGCUCUUUAUUGCUUCAGUGCCUUCCAGGCUACGUCUGAUCUACAGUUGUAGGCAGCUUUAAGCCCAGAAAGCAGAGGCUGUUUUGCUGUAGAGGCAGAUGCCCCUUUUUGAAGAUGCAGUUCCCAUCUCGGGCUCCCUGACCUGCCCCAUACCCUGUAUGCUGCUCAGGCAGUCCUGAGUCUGGAGCUGUCACCCUCUGCACUGUGGGAUAGGUGGGGGAUCCAUGUAUUUCACCCAUUUUACCUCGAAGUAGGGGGACUAUCCUAUCUCAUCCCGUUUUCAUACACACCUAGCCCCAGAAAUGCUUCCAGCCCUGGGUUGUGGCCCACCUCCCAGUUCUACUUUCACUAGGCUGCCUUGUUGCAGUCCCAAACUACCUCACUGCCCCCGAUUCACUCCAGCCCCUCUCCACAUUGCUAUUUCCACCCCGAGCAGUGACCCACCUCUACCUUUUGCUGGAAUUCCCUUGCCCUGGCUCUCUGCCUGCAGCCCCACCCAGGCAGGCAGGGAUGCCCCAGCUUGGACUGAGCCGGCUGGGGCUGUUGCAAAUGGGGUCUGAACCUGCCGUUCAGUGCCAUAAUUUUUCCAUCCCUCAUCCUUUGCAGGAGAUAAAUGCUGCACAAGGGCCUCCGCUGGUGCUAAUGCCUCACGGCACUGGUGGGUGAGGGGGGAAGCAGCUGCACCCACUACCCAGGAGUUUUGGUGAGACAGAGCAAUGACCACAGCCAUCCCCACUUCCUUCCUGGAGGUUUAUUUCUGUUUGGGGGAUUUUCCCCCAGCUCCGAGGGAGGAGCAGGGAGCAGCAGAGCCUGCAGGAAAGCUGGACAGAGAGGAGUUAACUCCAAACCCAACCUCAGGGAGAGGGGAAAAAAAAAAAACAACAGAGAACUAUGGAUCAGCAGCAAGAGCAGAGGGAGGGAAAAAGGGGGAGUCAGAGAGAGAGGAGAGGAGCUCCAGAAGAAGAGAGAGCAGAGCUGGUGGUGGGCAGGGGGAGGCAGCGGAGCACCAGGCAGGAGUGACUGGGAUGACAGAGCUGCCCAGAUAAACUCUUCUGUGGUCUGCAUCCUCCCGCUACCACUGCCGUGGACUGGACCAGAGGUCUCCCCCUAAGCGAGUGGCAAAGCUGCAGGCCCUUCCUCAAAAAGGUGGCUCCAGGGUCUCCUCUCCAUCCUCACCUACCUGCCACCAUCCAGCCCUUGAUCACCUCUCAGCAUCAGGAAAAGGUCCCUGCAGUGUGACAGGAAGAUGCCAGGGGAAUUGAACAUCUCUUCUGACAGCCCGGAGCUACGAGCAGCAGGGAUUAUUGUGCCCAUCAUCUUCUCCCUCAUCUUCCUUGUGGGUACUGUGGGAAAUGGGCUGGUGCUGGCUGUGCUGCUGUGGAAUGGCCAAGUCAAGUACUCCACCACCAACCUCUUCAUCCUCAACCUGGCUGUGGCUGACCUGUGCUUCAUCAUCUGCUGUGUCCCUUUCCAGGCCACCAUUUACACCCUGGAUGGGUGGCUCUUUGGGGCCUUUGCCUGCAAGGCUGUGCAUUUCCUGAUUUACCUCACCAUGUAUGCCAGCAGCUUUACCCUGGCUGCCGUCUCUGUUGACAGGUACUUGGCCAUUCGCUAUCCACUGAAGUCCCGGGAUCUCCGCACGUCCCGAAAUGCAGGAGUGGCCAUUGUGGUGAUCUGGUCACUGUCGCUGCUCUUCGCAGGGCCUUACCUCAGUUAUUACCAGAUAAUCCAUUACCAUGGUGUGCCCAUCUGUGUCCCCAUCUGGGAGGACCAGCGCCGAAAGGUUCUGGACAUCCUCACGUUUGUAUUUGGAUACCUGCUGCCUGUGACCGUGGUGAGCCUGGCAUACUCUAGGACCAUCAAGUUCUUGUGGACUUCUGUAGACCCCAUAGAAAGAAUCUCAGAGUCUCGGAAAGCCAAGCGUAAGGUCACCAAGAUGAUUGUCACAGUGGCCAUCCUGUUCUGCCUCUGCUGGCUGCCCCACCACCUGGUCAUCCUCUGCUUCUGGUUUGGCCACUUUCCCUUCAACCGGGCCACUUACGCUUUCCGCCUGGCUUCCCACUGCCUUUCCUACACCAAUUCCUGCCUCAACCCCAUUGUCUACGCCCUUAUCUCCAAGCAUUUCCGCAAACGUUUCAAGCAGGCCUUCACCUGCCUCUUCUUCCAGAACAAGAUCAGGAAAAAGAAGAAGAAGAGGGUUGAAAGGAAAGUCCAUAUGGUCAACGUGGAAAGAGGUUUUCCCAACAGGACAGAUUUCUAUGGAGGCAACAGUGAGGUGACCCAAACCCCAGAGGAGAACACCAGGAAGAGGGACCAUGAGGGUGCCAGUCAUGCCAGAGCAUGGACUCAGCAGGUACAAGGUGCCAUGGUCUCUGUAGAGAAGGAGAUACUGGAGGAGGAAAUUUUGGCAACAGCUGGCCAUUCCCUAGAUGUGACUCCUCUAAGAGGAACUGUUGGACAAGACCAAGAAGAAGCCCUAGAAAAGGGCUAGAGAGGCAAGAAAAAGUCUAUAUUGGCAUCACAUUUUCUGACCACAUCACAGUGGUUUUGCUUUCCUCCAGGAUCAUCAUGCUCAUGCCUUAUCCCCACUGAGAUGGUUUUAUGUUGGCAGUGAGAGAUGAGCUCACUCAGACCCAUUAAACUGAGUUCAAGUCCCCCAGAACUCCUCAAGCACCUCCUCCAUGAUCCUGUAGUCAUGUCUGAGACCUGCCAUCAUCCCAACUCUAUAUUCACAGUAAACUUUAAGUGAUUGCAACAGUCGUCCUUUUCUUUAAUUAUGUAUGGUGUUUUAUUAGUGCUGUGUGGAUCCUGAAUAUGUAACCCUUAAUGUGAGGCAGAUCUGCACCUGUAAUUUCUU